AUGAGUGAAAAUUAUACCGUUCUUACAUGGGGCGAAAACAGCCAGUGGAACGUCACAGCGAAAGGAGAAAAAAGUCAAGUUUUGCUACUACCCGCUGUCACUCUGACAAUAUUUUUGGUGAUCAAUGGCUGCCAUGGAUUAAAGCCUCAACUCUAUCCAAACGUGACCGAAUUAGAGAUAAACGAAGGAGAAACUCUGAACAUAACAUGCAUAAGCGAUGACUAUAUUAAUUUUUAUUUUCCCACUAGUGAUACAAAGGGUAGGACCACCUCUCAGCCCCUCAUUACACCAGAAGUCAGGAGUAUCCGCAAGACAUUCAUAAGAUUAUCCACCGUUUUUGGAGACACUGGCUGGUAUGGUUGUGCUGAUGAUAGCAGGAAAAUAACAACCUACAAAAAACCAUUUGUACAUGCAAAUGAAAAUAGUAAUUAUUUACUGGCUUCUGGAUGUUAUGAACAUCUUAUUUUACCGUGCCAGACAACAUCCCCAGAAUUUGUCGUACUGAAAAUUAACGAGAAGAUAACUUUCGAUCCUAAAGUUGGUUAUGUUGUUAAAGAAGCAGAUUGGGAUACAGAGAGUGUUUAUACUUGUACAGUUGAAAAUAAUAGCUUUUCACAUGUGAUAAAAAUAAAAGCUCAUAGAUCGGCAUUUUCUUCAUGCAUGAGUAUUUUAAAAAUAGACGGUGCAAAAGCUGUCUCAACAGGUUCGAGACUGAAUCUAACAUGUACAGUUGAAAUUAGAAGAGAAGCGCUUUACACUAUCUCUUGGGAGACUCCGCGUGAAGUGACUCCUGGGACAGUUGUAAAUACUGUUCAUGAAAAAGACAAAGGGGAAUUCGGCUUAGUUGAUAUUAUGACGUCUGAGCUUAUUAUAAAUAAUGUAACCCACUAUGAUAAGGGUAAUUACAUUUGUAAAUUAAAGUCUUUAUUCGAUAGAGCUAAGAGUCUUCAUGUUUACGUUUGCCUAUUUAGAACUAACGAACCGUAUAUAAAUUUAACGUCUUACAAUCUCAAUACAUUCUCUGAGGAUGGUAAAUCAGUGACUUUCUUGGCUUAUGUUGAUGCAUGUCCCAUACCAACUUUGGAGUGGAUUCAUCCUAAGGGUUAUGAAAUUAUUCCCCACUAUAGGGGUAUACGAAUUUUUAAUAACAAAUCGAUGAGCCAACUAACUAAACUGAAUAUCAAUAAAGAUGACACGGGAACUUUUACGCUUAGAGCUAAGUAUGGUGGGGUGGUGAAGGAGUUAAAGUUUCAUCUUGAAGUUUAUGGUAAGCCGACGGUCGAAUUUGACAAAAGCUACCUUAAAUCUUACUACAGCUUUAAUGAAACUGCUACGUUUGUUUGUCUGGUUAAUCGUAAUCCUAAGUCGAAUAUAUCUUGGACCUACACUAACUAUCCAAAAUACCCAUUAAGAAGUAUAGAGAAAAUAUAUAAAUUACAGGGAAUAGACAUGGAUGCACAAAAUAACAGUUUUACACAAGUGUCAACGGUAGAACUGGAACGGCCAGUAAGAUCUAUUUUAUUAAGAUGCACAGCUUGCAACAGUUAUGGAUGCACUUCCGUAGCAAAGAAAAUUUACAUUACGGAUGGGGUACCUAACGCAUCUCUUGGAAUAAUACAACCAAAAAGAAGUUUUAAGAAAGGUGAUAAUAUUUCUUUAAUAUGUGCUGCUGUAACCCGAGAAUUCUCCAAGGUCGUAUGGUAUGAUGAUAAUGAACAGGUGGUUGUAAAUUCUGAAAGAAUACACAUUACGUCGGUAACAACUACAUUUACCUACCAAAUCAUUCUUUCAAUCAAUAAUGUUAGUGAAUCAGAUAGACGGAAUUAUUAUUGCAAAGCGACAGAAAGAUACUAUGGAUAUAAUCAGAAAAAAACACAUUCAAAGUUAUACUUCCUUGAAAUCAAUGUUCCACCUUACUUCAUCUAUUUUAAUAAUAAUGAUACAGCAAAAACUGUGCUAGCAAGAGAUUUUGAGCAUCCCCUGAUUUUAUUAUGCCACGUAGGCGGGAUUCCAACCCCUAACAUCACAUGGUUCAAGAACGACGUACCUUUAAAAUUGUCAUCACAGUUUGGUUUUGAGGACAGUAAUCAAAAAUUAAUUGUAAGAUAUCUUUUUGAGAAAGAUGGUGGCAACUAUUCGUGUCUUGCUGAAAAUAAUUUUGGAAUAGUGGCAAAGUCCCAAAUUAUCAUUGUAAAAGGUCGAAAUCCAGAUUAUUGGAUCGGAAUGGUUGUGUGGGUAAUCACAACCCUAACGUGUCUUCUAGUUUACUUUUAUUUAAAAGUAAAACAUAAAAAUUUCAAAGAGGAAAGACAAUCAGAAUCUGGUAUUAUCCAGUUUAAGGAAGGAGCACCUAAUUUAAUAAAUCCAAAACUAUCAGUAGACGAUCAAUCGGAACUUCUUCCGUAUGACGAAAGAUUCGAAUUUCCUAAAGAAAACAUAAAACUAGACGAACAAAUAGGAAGUGGAGCAUAUGGAGUCGUGUAUAAAGCCGUAGCUUAUGGAAUACUUACUAAAAAAUCUACUACAACUGUAGCUGUAAAAACGGUUCGCAAAAAUGCAGAUCCGAUGUAUAUUAGUGCACUAGCGAAGGAGCUCAAAAUUAUGAUUUAUUUAGGACAGCACUUGAAUAUCAUAAGUCUUCUGGGCGCUUGCACUCAAAAUAUAGCCAAACGUGAACUUCUGGUAAUUGUUGAGCUUUGCCGAUUUGGGAACCUUCGAAGCUAUGUUUUGUGUCAUAGGAAAAGUUUUAUAAAUCAAAUUAAUUCAAGUACAGAUAAAAUUGACCCUUCUGUUGGAAAUAAAUUAAGAAGGACAAGACACGAGAUUUCUGAUGAUAUUAGUACGACCUUGUACGAUAGCAGUUCAAGCAAUAAGUUCAAUAUUUACUACACUGUAGCUGAGAACGUAAGUGGCUCAACUGAAUUAAGUGAUGAUUUUGACAACGAUGAUAUUCAGCCAGACUGGCGUUCUAAUUACAAAGGGGACUACACAGAUGAAGAUGUUUCGUUUCUCUGCACUGAGGAUCUUUUUUUAUGGGCUUAUCAAAUAGCAAAUGGUAUGAAGUACCUCUCCCAAAGAAAGGUGCUACAUUGUGACUUAGCCGCGAGAAAUAUAUUGUUGGCAGAAAAUAACAUUAUUAAGAUAUGCGAUUUUGGUUUGGCAAAGACAUUGUACAAAGACGAGAACUAUAAGAGGCAAUGCGCUAGAAAGUUACCUGUAAAGUGGAUGGCCAUUGAGUCCAUUAGGGAUGGAGUCUUUUCCACUAUGUCAGAUGUGUGGUCAUUUGGUGUAGUUCUAUGGGAACUUUUCACCCUUGCAAAAAUACCUUACUCACGUAUAGGGUUCGAGAAGAUGUAUAGGAAACUAAUCCGGGGCUAUAGAUUGGGGCAGCCCAUUUACGCCACGAGAGACAUUUACAAUAUUAUGCUCGGUUGUUGGGAGGAAGAGCCAACAUCGAGACCGUCUUUUACAAUGCUGGUCGAAAGUAUUGGAAAACUUUUACAAGAUAAUAGCAAAAUACACUUUUUAAGACUAUAUCACGAGUAUGAAAAUUCUAAUAGGGAGAGACAGGGAUAA